GCUCUUCUAGAUACCAACUCCCAUUCUCGUAAACCCUUUUAUUUACUCCAUCCAAAUCGCUCAAUGCAAAAUCUCUUAGCUCAAAAUUGAUUUCUUCUUCCCAUGUAUGGGUCAAAACUGUUUUCAAGAAUCGGCAAGAUUCACCAUUUUUGCUCGUUAUCAGCUGAGCCCGGGGGAAUAUGCUAAAUCGGGAUUGCUUUUGAAGUGAGGUUCGGAAAAUGAUCCUGACAAAGCAAUACCGCUGCGUACAUUCGCCAAGUUGUGCUUGUACAAAAGGUCACCUUAGUGAAGAAAUCAUAUUUUUAGUUUUUAACCAUUUAAAUUGGAACCCGAAAUUGAUUGCAGCACUUUCUUGUGCUUGCAAAUGGUUUGAUGAUCUUGCCAAACGUGUUCUUUGGAAGGAAUUCUGCAAGACUCGAGCUCCUAAGAUGAUGCUUGAUAUGCAGUCAAGUGGGAGUCAUAGUGUAGAUGGAAAUUGGAGAGCUCUUGGUAAGCUGCUCAUAUAUUGUUCUGGAUCGCGCAAGGAUGGGCUGUUCAGUAGUAGUCACAUUCCAGGUCAUUUUGUCUACCGUACACGCUUCUCAAGGACAUCAGGGAAGAGCUUUUUGCUACCACAAUGCAGAACAGAUGUCUUAUACGUAUCAGAUCCUUGUGAGCACCUUGACCAGGGGGAUGAUGGUGAUGUGGGAUUCUUUCGUGGAAUAUUCAAAUCUUUUGCUACUUCAAAGGUCAGGAAACUACUCAUAAACAGAAGCGCUCCACUGCAUCCCACUGAGAUCUGCCCUUACUGUAAGGCAAAGCUAUGGAACAUGCUCGCGGCAAAGAUGAUACCAUCGAGUGCUAGCUGCCGGUUGGGUGCUUAUGAUGAUUGCAUCGAGUACUAUGUUUGCCUUAAUGGACAUGUGCUCGGGAUUAGUACCCUCUUGCCCUUGUCGGACACUGAUGAAGCAUCGGAAGAGUGAGGCAUGAUUAGAGGCCAGCAGGUGUCAAAGACUUGAUGCUUAAUGGUGGCUGCUAUAAAUUGUAUUUACUCAGCUGGCCACACACAUGAUUGUUAACUACUCUAUCUACCCAUUGUUUGUACAUUUGAAUGGAAGUGCAGCUUGAGAGUAUGUAAUAUACAAGUGCUUGUCUUCAAUUAAUUUAAACGACUCUUAACUUGAUUAUAAGGGCUUAUUACAUCAAGGGAAAUUAAUUUA